UGCAGAAACCGCGCCUCAACAUGGCGAUGAUGUUCCGGAGCGAAGAGAUGGCCCUGUGCCAGAUGUUUAUCCAGCCGGAAGCGGCCUACACGUCCGUGUCCGAGCUGGGCGAGACGGGAGCGGUCCAGUUUCGUGAUCUAAACGCCGAUGUGAACGCGUUCCAGCGGAAAUUCGUCAGCGAGGUGCGCCGCUGCGAUGAGAUGGAGCGCAAACUGCGCUACGUCGAGGGUGAGGUGAAGAAGGACAACGUCCAGAUUCCCGAGUGCUCGGUGGACGAUUGGCCCCGGGCACCGAAUCCGCGCGAAAUUAUCGAUCUUGAGGCACGGCUCGAGAAGACGGAAAAUGAAAUUCUGGAACUGUCCCAGAAUGCGGUCAAUCUGAAGUCGAACUAUCUCGAACUGACCGAGCUGAAGCAUGUGCUCGAGCGAACGCAAUCGUUCUUCUUCGAGCAGGAGGUGAUCGUCAGUACCGACGCAGCCAAGAGCAAUCUGAUUGCAGAAGAUCCGACGGCGGCCCAGAGUCGCGGUCGGUUGGGCUUUGUGGCUGGCGUGAUCCAGCGGGAAAAGAUGCCGGGCUUCGAGCGAAUGCUUUGGCGUAUUUCGCGCGGUAACAUCUUUCUGCGGCAGGUCGAGCUGGAGGAACCGUUGGAGGAUCCGGCCACGGGUAAUGAAAUCUUCAAAACCGUGUUCGUGGCGUUCUUCCAAGGCGAGCAGCUGAAGGCGCGCAUCAAGAAGGUAUGCACCGGGUACCACGUGUCGCUCUACCCCUGUCCGAGCUCCGGUUCCGAGCGUACCGAGAUGGUAAAGGGCGUUUGCACGCGUCUCGAGGAUCUGAAGAUGGUGCUCAACCAAACGCAGGAUCAUCGCUCGAUCGUACUGGCUAGCGUCGCGAAGGAACUGUUCAACUGGCGCAUCAUGGUGAAGAAGAUGAAGGCGAUCUACCAUACGCUGAACCUGUUCAACAUGGACGUCACCAAGAAGUGUCUGAUCGGGGAGUGCUGGGUACCGGUGCCGGAUCUACCCAAGGUACAGAAAGCUCUGUCCGAUGGGUCAGCGGCUGUUGGCAGCACCAUUCCGUCCUUCCUGAACGUGAUUGACACGAACGAAGCACCGCCAACGUACAAUCGUACGAACAAAUUUACACGCGGCUUCCAGAAUCUGAUCGAUGCGUACGGUAUUGCGUCGUACCGCGAGGCUAAUCCGGCCCUGUACACGAUCAUCACGUUCCCCUUCCUGUUCGGCAUUAUGUUCGGUGAUCUUGGGCACGGUAUGAUCAUGGCACUGUUUGGACUGUGGAUGGUAACGGGCGAGAAGAAACUGGGCGCCAAAAAGUCGACCAACGAAAUUUGGAACAUUUUCUUCGGCGGUCGGUACAUCAUACUGCUGAUGGGACUGUUCUCCAUGUACACCGGAUUCGUGUACAAUGAUGUCUUCUCCAAGUCGAUGAACAUCUUCGGUUCGGCCUGGAGCACCAACUACAACACGUCGACCGUUAUGAGCAACAAGGAUCUUACGCUAAAUCCUGGCUCGAUCGAUUACAAGACGGAGAUUUAUCCGAUUGGGUUGGAUCCGGUGUGGCAGCUCGCCUCGAACAAGAUCAUCUUCCUAAAUUCGUACAAGAUGAAGCUGUCGAUCAUCUUUGGCGUAGUGCACAUGAUCUUCGGUGUGUGCAUGAGCGUGGUCAAUCACAACUUCUUCCGCAAGCGCAUCAGCAUCGUGCUGGAGUUUCUGCCCCAGAUCAUCUUCCUGGUGCUGUUGUUCGCGUACAUGGUGUUCAUGAUGUUCAUGAAGUGGAUCGCUUACACCGCCAAAACUGACUACCAGCCGCGUACGCCUGGCUGCGCUCCGUCCGUGCUGAUCAUGUUCAUCAACAUGAUGCUGUUUAAAAACUCCGAACCAUUCCACGGGUGUGAUGAGUUUAUGUUUAACGGUCAGAACGAGGUGCAGCGUACGUUCGUCUUCAUUUCGUUGCUAUGCAUUCCCUGGAUGCUGCUCGGCAAACCGUUCUAUCUCAUGUUCAAGCGCAAGAAUGCAUCACCGACACCAAUUCCUAACAAUGGAGACGUCCAUCAGGCAGCUGAUUCGAAUCACGCAUCCAGCCCGAAACCGCACGAUUCGCACGACGAUGAGCCAAUGGCAGAAAUCUUCAUCCAUCAGGCCAUUCACACGAUCGAGUACGUGCUCAGUACCGUCUCGCACACGGCGUCCUAUCUUCGUCUCUGGGCUCUUUCCCUUGCUCAUGCCCAAUUGUCCGAGGUCCUGUGGAACAUGGUGCUGUCGAUGGGACUCAAGCAAACAUCCUACAAAGGUGCCAUCAUGCUGUACUUUGUCUUUGGUGCCUGGUCAAUGUUUACGCUUGCCAUUCUUGUCAUGAUGGAAGGAUUGUCCGCCUUCCUGCAUACGCUACGUUUGCACUGGGUCGAGUUUAUGAGCAAAUUCUACGAAGGUUUGGGUUACGGUUUCCAACCUUUCUCGUUCAAACUGAUCAUCGAUAGUGAUGAGGACUUGGAGUAAUGUGUCUGUGUGUACGUGUAUUGUUUUGAAGAU